AUGCAAAACGAGCAGACUUCCGCCGACUUCCUUUUAUUUCCUCCGCAAUCCAAAACCGCCAAAAUGAUGGCACUAGAGCCUUCAAGACAACAUCAGGGCCCAUACUUCCAAGACUACUCCAUCGACCCUGCCCUGGUCGACUCCUUCAGCUUCGUGGAUAAUCUUGGUGUAUAUGGCCACGACUUCACCCAGGCUUCCUUCCAAAACCCCGGGUUCGGCGAUUCGUAUACCGAGAUGGGGAAAUCAAAUUUCCCGGUCACCACUGCAGAGGGUUUUCUGUCUGGCGUCUCGACAGCUUCGGGUCCUUCAAUUGCCAGCGCUUCCUCAUCAGCCAUGGGCUCGCCUUACUCGGCAAAUGCGCACACCUUCCAGGAGGACUGGGUUGACACAAACAAUGGCUUGACCCAUCCUGCUGCAGCCAUGGGAGACCUGUUCCCCAACGAGGGCAUGGUAAAUCCCUUUGACUCGGAGACUUUCUACCAGAAAAAGUCAGAUAGUUUUGUUGACCCCUCUCUCAUCCAGCCUAUGCAGCAACCGCAACUCACUCUUACUCCGCCUGCCAUGUCAUAUCCUGAACAGCCAGACUACACCAUGGGCCCCACUGGCUUCUACCCUCAGUCGCCAGAGCCCUCUCAGUUUCACUAUGCCGAAAACUUCAUGUUAAAGCAAUCGUACUCGCAACAAUCCAAUCUCGCCCCUCCAUCGCCGAUCCCCUCUGGUCCUCACUCUCGUCCUGCCUCAGUAUAUGAUCGCCGGUCAUCAAUUUCAUCCAUCCACUCUCGUCCUUCACAACCUAGCCCCGCUGCCAGCGGCAUUGAAUUCGAUGACGAUGUCAAGGAGAAGGGCCGGUGCCCUCAUCCCGACUGCGGGCGUGUCUUUAAAGACCUGAAAGCCCACAUGCUCACCCAUCAAUCGGAACGACCAGAAAAGUGUCCGAUUGUGACCUGCGAAUACCACAUCAAGGGCUUUGCCCGUAAAUACGACAAGAACCGCCACACUCUUACGCAUUAUAAAGGCACGAUGGUCUGCGGCUUCUGCCCUGGCUCUGGCUCACCCGCGGAGAAGAGCUUCAACAGGGCCGAUGUCUUCAAGCGUCACCUAACCUCCGUCCACGGAGUGGAGCAAACGCCGCCAAAUUGCCGCAAGAAGAGCCCGACUGCCUCCUCCAACAAGAGCGUCUCAGACUACUGCCAGGAUGCGACGGGCAAGUGCUCAACUUGCUCAGGCACGUUUAGCAACGCACAAGAUUUCUAUGAGCAUCUCGACGACUGUGUUCUUCGCGUGGUGCAGCAGGAAGAGCCCAGCGAGGCGAUCAAUCAGCAACGGCUUGCGGAAGUUGAAACGGAUGAGGAGGUCCAGAAGACGAUGGAAAAGCACAGACUACUUGACACGGCCGGCUCCGUUGAGUACGACGAAGAAAAUGACGACGACGAUGAUGACUUUGACGACCGACGACCAGCGAAGUCUGCCAAAACAGGCAAGAAUUCCCGCGUAAUCCUUGGUAGCAACAACGUCAUCAGCAAGCCUUCAUCAAACAACAACAAAUCCCGCCUCACCGCGUCAAAGCGACGCAACAACCGCGACAAUUACCCUCAAUCCUGGGGCUGCCCCAGUCGCAACAUCAACAUGAAGAAGCGCGUCCUCUGCGUCUUCGAUGGCCAGCGCCGUCUUUGGAAGGACGAAAUGUUGCUCAACAAUGAGUUCGAGGUUCGGGUUAAGCUCCCCGGCGGUGCAGGUGACGGUACAAACCGCGACGCCUAUAUCACCGACCUAGAUGUCGAGACACUAAAGCGCGCCAACGGGAUCCUCAAUGCCACUGAGGAGGAACGAGGGGCUUGGUUUGACGGGCAUGGCGGACAGCUGAUCGGACAAUCGGCGAUGCCGCAUCCUGGCUUCUCCCAGCACCACGAGGGAGAAGUCGUGGAUAUUGACGAAUUAAUGGCUUGA